CCCGGAUGUUGUAUAAUAUAGUUGCCCAGCAGCCGAUUUUAGUCGAAAACUUGAAAAGGACAGAAAAAAGUAAUAUUUCUAUGGUGCAUCUUUUGAUACCUCGUAUAUAGAGGACAAAAUAUUUAUUGGAUUCGCACAAAAGUAAAUUACAUAUGUUGGUUCUGACUGGCAGGUUAGAAUCUGAAGAUGGCAAGUUCUGAUGUUGUCGCAAAUUGGCAGCUAGCUCUUCCUGAUGGAGUACAUGUCAUUCAAUUUGAACAUGGCACAACUUCAGGCAAACGGGUCAUUAAAGUAGAUGGAAAGGAACUGAUGAGAAAAGACUGGAUGUUCAAACUAGUGGGAAGAGAACAAUUUGAUAUUGGUAAAGCAAAGUGUAUCAUAAGUAUAGAAGCUGUGAGUGGGUUUGCCUAUGAAUACACAUUGGAUGUGAAUGGAAAACCAUUGCAGAAGUUUCGGGAAAAUCAAAGAAAAAUACAAAAGGCUUGGAAUGUCAUUGUAGAUGGAGAAAUCAAAAGAAUAUGUCUAGAAAAGGACACCUUAGAUGUUUGGAUGGCUGACAAAAUGGUUGAAACACGAGGAGAAUUUACAGAUACUGGAGUGGAGACCCAUUUCUACAUUAAUGAAAGAAUGGUUGGCAGAAUAGUAGCCACAAGCAGUGGCAGGAAGAGUAAAGGAAUUAUACACACACUCUAUGUCAAUGACGAUGAAAUUACGGAGGCUACAAAUGAAUAGCCUUAUCAGCAGUAUGUGUAUCAGCAUUGCUUAUUUCAUCACCCCCUGAAUGUUGCUCAUGCCAUUAAUGAAACUCAGCUCAUGAAUUCGAAAUGGACGAAGUAACAUAAUAUUAAGUUGCUCUAAUUAUAUCUUAAAGUUAAGUUUUAAUAUCUUUUAAUAUUCUAUAGUGAACAGUGCCCAUAGAAAAUGAAAAUAUUUCUUUUCGGUUUUAAAAUAUCAACAGCUUAAAAAUUGUAAAAUCAAAUUAUAAAUCUAAAUGUACAGAAUAUUAAGAAGAAAAAAAAUUAAAUGAAAACUUGUCUCUGUAAAAGGGAAGUAUAGUUUUAAGUCACUUGGGACAAAGUCUAUAAGUGAUCUAAUGUGAUCCCCUUUUGUCCGUUGUUGUCCAUAGUGCAGUGUGUGUCAUGCAUCGUGCGUCUAAACAAUUCUCAUUUUCAACUUCUACAUGUAAGAAACCCAGAGCCAUGCAUUUUUAAUGACAUUUUGCAGAAACCUUCCAUGAACAAAGGUCAAGCAAGCAUGUGAGGCCUGAGGGUUAGGACAAAAAUGGGUCAGAUUGACUGAUAUGUCUUCUCAAAACCCAAAUAAAGUAGAAUUAAAAUUGUGGAUUUCAUGUGGCUGGCAGGGUCUCAGCUUUCCCCCUGGGGAGGGUGUAAAAUUUACAAUAGUUUUGUAGUGAUGUAAUGAUGUAUGAGUGAUCUGAUGAUGAUGAUGAUGACAACGUCAACGACGAUGAGAGUCUUGAAUGAAAAAUUAAAUCAGAUAUAUAUA